GGCAGCCGCGUACGUCCGUAUCACAAUUGGGUGACCGGCGAAAGUUCGUGUUUUUCGUUACGACGUCGUACUAGUUUUGUUGGCUUUUGUGUAUUGUUUCGCGUGACUUGUAAAUUACAUAAAUCUUAUCUGAAUUCGUCGCAUGUAUUAAAAGUGUAUAUUUAGUGAUUUACUGUUAAGAAAAUUCAUAGAGAGUCUUAACUGUACGGUCGCUUACGACCGUAUAAGUGCGCGCGCGUGUGUGGGUGGAUAUUUGAGUGUUUUUUAUUUUAUUUUGAUUAGAUUUUUUUUCUUAAAAUGACUGACAGCAGCUAUAAUUCACCUGCCAGGAGUUAUGGGUCACCAGCCAGGAGCUUGAAAAUGUUAGACAGGGUAUACGGUUCUCCGGCUCGGUCAUAUUGUGGUGAUCAUUCUUCUGCAACAGAGUCUGAAGGAGAAGAAACAUUGGAAUUAUUAACUGAAAUACCGAGUUCGCCAGACCAAACAAUUUUAGAUGGCUGGCUAAAGUUCAGGGACAACAAGAAAUGGAGACACAGAUGGGGCGUUAUGACAAAACUAUCACCAGCUGCAGACUGCCUACAUUUGCAACUAUACAGGGACAGUAAAGACCGAUACAAACACGGCCAGACGAAGGCUUCAUUGUCUCUGCAACACUUCUUAGGAGUAGAGUCUGGAUUUACGCUGGACAAAGAAUCCAACACGAUAGCUAUUAUUUGCCAAGACGUCACUGUUGUACUAGCGUUCGAUACCCGAGAGAGACUGAUCCAGUGGCAAGUUAAGAUAUCUUCGAACUUGGGAGACGACCAACAAUUUUUGAUUCAAAUAUCAUCCUGUCCUCCUAAGUCGAAAAUAUCUGCAGGACCUGCCAGGUUGCACAUACAAGACUUGAGAUUCUCGAUGACAACCGGAGUGCCACCAAGAUUAGCUGGUGUUUGGGAACUCCGACACUUGAGAAAAUAUGGAGUUAUUGAAAAUCGGUUUUGCUACGAGGGUGGUUCGAGAUGUGGCAAAGGAGAGGGCUUAUUUGUGUGUUUUACCGACCAAGGAGAUGAUAUAACUAGAUGCAUGAACUUAGCGGCAGAAGGCAAAUUGGCUACCAGGAAAAGAUUGCUUUCUAGAAAUAUGUCAGUUUUAGAAAGUCCGUCCAGGAGAGGUCUCUUAUCUCGCUUAGAUUCUAGAGCUUCCGAGUACGGUGCUGAUCAAAAUUCGUUCAAUCAACAUUCUCAUGACAGAAGUAGUGAAGACAACAUGUGUUGGCCAUCUAACGAAAGUCGACUAGAUAAUUCGGACUUUGGAGACACAGCGUCUGUUGGAGAUUUUCAAGAUCAAAACUUACAGGAAUGCACGUGGACUCCAGAAACAGCUUUAGAACGAUGUGCCAGCUGUAUUAGUAAACUUGGAGCUUUAUCUCGUUCUUCGACCAUGGCUAAUACCCCUGGAAGCAUAGGCUUUAAUCCAGCGUGGACAAUGGAUAACAAUGUAUCAUCGCUGAAUUACAUACCAGAAAUGAAUAAUGGACAUCAGUGUUGCGGAUAUAUGUCAUCGCAGAGUAGCAGUAGUGGCGGAAGCGCCGGAUGUAGCUCUGUGUGUGGUACCGAGUAUUCUGUACCUAGAAAAGUAUGCGCCUCCAUGACUGACAAAGUGAACAAAAUUCAAUCUGAAGCGUGUGCGCCGAACAGACCACCGAAACCAGUACACCUGAAACCGGAAACGAGUACGCCAGUGAAAAAGGCUCCGAUGCCUCUACCGCAACAAGAUACGAUGUGUGUGUGCCGAUGCACUGCUUCGGACAAACCUAGACAAUCCUACCUAAAUAACUACGAUACUCCUAAGAUUAUGUGCACAAACACAAAACCGAAUAAACCGUACACGUCUAUACAAGAUGAAUAUUACGACACGCCACGGAACAUCAAAUCCUCGUUGGAAAUUAACCCCUACGGCAAUUACGAUACUCCUCCGUCGCCCGUGGCUGUUCAUAAAAAAUCCAAUGUCAGCACGCCAAAACAAACAGAUAGUCAGCAAUGCACAGGAAUUUGCCCUUGUCAAAGAGCCAUGAAUUGUUGGUCUCAUAAUAAUUGGAUGACGAUGCCUCCUCGCUGUAGACGAAGUAAUCAGCAAACCGACAAUCAGCUAUCAAAUUUUACCAACAAUUGCCAACACAACGGGGCGAUUUACGCGACAGUUGACGUUUCGAAGAAAAAGAAGCACGCGGAACCACCGCUGCCCGCGCCCCCCCCGACGUCGAGCAACUACAUGAACUUGGAACCAGCCGUCGGCGUCGACGGCGGCGGUAAACAGCAGCAGCAGCCAACGGCGGCGGCCCACAGCGGCCGGAAAUCGACGGAAAACUACAUGAACUUGGAGUUUAGCGAAUCGCUGUGCUACUACGAAAACGCCAAAAACGUGUUGACCAAGGCCGGUCUGUCCAACGCGUGCGACAAGUGCGGUCACCAGAAGCGUUGUGUCGGCGGCGGCGGCGGCGGCGGCGGCGGCGGCGGCGGCGGCGGCGGCGGCGGCGGCGGUGGCGGCGCCGACGAAAAGGGUGACUACAUGACCAUGGAACCGGUCAACGGUCGGAUGGUGGAAACCAAGCGAAACCUGUUCCCCGGUUACCUGCCCAUGUGUCCGUCGGCCAACAAUAACAACAACAACAGCAGCGGCAACAUCGGCAACGGCAACAACAACAACAACAACAACAACAACAACAGCAACAAGCAACAGGACAUGUUGAAGAACAUAAUGAACAGGGGCCUGGCCGAAAAGUCAGCCAGCAUACCCAGCCUGAACGAGUACAAAUCGGCGGCGGCCGCCAUGGCGAACGGCAACGACUGGAAAAACGUCGGCGGAGUGGCUGCGGCCGACCCUCACCGGAGGCGGUCCAGUUCGGCGGACUCGUCGAGGUGCGAUGACGACGGGCCGGCGUCGGGCGUGGACAGGUCGAGCAGGGGCGCCGGUUGUUCGGACCACACGUCGUCGGCCGAGAGCGUGACCAGCCAGAUCGCCAAACGUCCCGCGGGCGCCGCGUCGACGGGCGCCACGUCCACCGCGUCCACCGUGUCGGACGGCAGCGUGGCCGCGGACGACCAACAGACCGCGCUGGUGCACAUCCGCCGGUCGUCGAGCGUGCCGUGCAAGAACAACCGCGACUCGUCCAGCUCCAACGACUCGGGCGUGUCCACCGGUUCGCUGCGUUACCGCGGCGCCGACUUUGCCGAGUUCGAGUUGCCGCUGACCACGGCCAUGUCGACGAUGCGGCACAGGCGCACCGUGGCCGCGGCGACGGCCGCCGCCGCCGCCGCCACCGGCGCCCCGGCCGGUUCCGUCGAGUGCGGCGGCCGCGGGGCCAUCGCCGGUUGCGUGCACGGUUCGCUGCCCAGGCGGUCCAAGUCUACGGACCGGCUCAAGGAGCUCAGCUUCAGGUUCCAGAAGUUCGCGGGCACCAUGAAAUCGUCGUCGGCCGGUGCCGAAGUCCCCGUGUGCUUGAAAAAAGAUAAAGGGUUUAAUGUGCAUGCGGAUGGAAACUCGGUCGUGCCGUUUUUGGACUCGCAGAGCACGAGCAGCUACACGUCGGACAUGAGCGACUACAUCGAGACACUGUCGUUGUCCUCGCACAGUUCGUCGGACACCACCAACAACGAAAAUCAGAGAUGCGGUAGACCAGCCAAAACUACAUUGAAACCGCGGUCUGGCAAGGAAUACCAUCAGAUUGGGUUUUUUCUGGACGGCGACCUGAAGGUCAAAUCUGAUAUACCGCCAGUUCCUGAAAAGACAGAAACCCCUUCUCCCAGGUAUGCCACAGCCCAAGAAAGCAAAGUCGUCUGAUGACACUAGGAAAAAUAGUGCAUCCGAGAAAGAUAUUAUUUGAUUAUUUUUUCCGUUGCCCUGAAUAAGCAUUUGGCUUAUUAAUACAGAAAAGACAAAGAUGGAAAAACAACGAUUGAAUUAAACUGUACAUUAUUAAAAUUUACUGAAAAUAACAUAUCACAACAUGUAUAAAAUACUACUGUAAUAAUAAACUUAUAUAAUAAUAAUGUAAUUUUAAAGUGUUGAAUUUAAGACUGCCAACUCAAAAAAAAUGUACUUUACAUACAAAAAAAAUAAAUAUUUAUGUAUUCAUACAUUAAUGAAAUGAACUAUUAUAUAUUUAUUACAAUAACGGUUUAGUCUAAUAAGAACUAGUCAUCUAUAGUCAAUUUAAAUUUUGUAGUGGAUUAUUUCCCUUAGUAAAUACUGUAUAUGUAUAAAUAUGUAACUAAUAAUAAUAAAAAACAUUUUAUCAUAGUUUAUAUUCUUAAAUUAUUUACAAUAUAAGCAUAAGUA